CUAGACGUCGCGUCGGCCGCACACGCGCUGCUCCCCCACAGCGCUCAGAAGCCAACGCAUUGGAAAAACAAUUGUAGAAAUUGCCGAGUCGAAAAACAAAAAGCAAAAAAAAAGUAUCUCAAUCUCAACGCGCAGUGUGCACCGAACCACAUUCGAAAUUCAAAAACACAAAUAGUGCCCAAAUCAAAUAAAAUCAAACAAAAAUAAUGUUUUCAAUCGGAAUAUAGCACAACAAAUAAAUACAAAGAAAAAUAAUUUUUUAAAAUCAAGCUGCUCCAAUGGCCGCUACAUGUGUGUGCUUAAGCAAACCUUUCUAAUCGAACCCAGAUCCAAAACACUUGACAACAAAAGUUACCAAUCGAACCGUAAUUAAAACAAAAUACACCAAACUUGUGGAACACAGAAAGUGCAACAAAAAACAACAACAACGACAACAAUAACAGCAACAAAAAGCAUUCCAAUGUUGUCCUGUUUGGCGCCAUCGUCUACACGUUUUGGCCAAGAGGAUAACAUUAUACAGCAGAGCAUGCCAUCGUCCACAGCCUUCUCCAUGCAGUUUUCCUCUUUGGCCUCCAGUUUGCACCACCACCAAGCCCACAACAAGCCCAGCAAUGCGGCCGCCAACCCAGAGCUGGCCAGCAGCGCCACAGCCAGCGCAGCUGAGGACUGUUUGGUUAACUGCACGCAGUGCCACAAGCGCUUCACCGACAUACAGUCCUUCAGCGAGCACAUUGCCAGCGAACAUCCGCAUGACAAACUCAACUAUGAGUCGCAUCGUGCGGCAGCUGAGGCUGCGCAGCCGGAGAGCGAGGCGGAGGAGGAUGAGCGGAGCAAUUUGAGCAGCAGCAGUCGUCGCUAUGCCAAAUCACCAAGCACCAACAACAACAACAACAACAGUGAGACAGCCAAGAAUCAAAAUAACAACAACAGCAACAGCAGCAGCCAUAGAAGCCAGCAUUCACCUCUCUGCUCACCUGUGGCGGCCACGCCCAACGAUCUGUUUGCCCACCUGCCGCACACGCCGCCGCAGCUGCCCGCCCACUUGCACGCCCAGUUCAUGGCUGCCGCUGCCUUUGCCAUGCAAUCCGCCCGUUCCGCCAGCUCCCCCAGCCAGCAGCAGCAACAACAACAACAACAACUGCAGCAGCAGCAGCAGCAACAACAGCAGCAGCAACAUUCGCCGCAACUGCAACAGGCACUGCUGCUGCCACCGCCGCAGCCCGGCAGCAACAGCAGCGUCGGCAGCAACUCCGCCUACGACCUGGACUUGAGUGCACCGCGCUCCACCUCCAGCCCGGGCUCCACGACGGGCGACCUGGGCGCCGCCUUUCCCUGCAUGCAAUGCACCGCCGCCUUCGCCAGCCGCGAGCAGCUCGAACAGCACCAGCUGCUGCACUCGCCCACGGGCCCCCAGACCACACAGAAUGUGACACAGACCUGCAAAAUAUGCCACAAGGCCUUCGCGAACGUGUACCGUCUCCAGCGUCAUAUGAUCAGCCACGAUGAAUCCGCGCUGCUGCGUAAAUUCAAGUGCAACCAGUGCGACAAGGCCUUCAAGUUCAAGCACCACCUGAAAGAGCAUGUGCGCAUCCAUUCCGGCGAGAAGCCCUUCGGCUGUGACAACUGCGGCAAACGCUUCUCGCACUCGGGCAGCUUCUCCUCUCACAUGACCUCCAAGAAGUGCAUUAGCCUGGGGCUCAAGCUCAACAACAAUCGCCAGAUGCUCAAAACUCUCGAUAAGAACUCAAGCGCUCGACGCUCACCCACGGAUCAGCAACAGCAGCAGCAGCAGCAGCUGGCGGGCAAACGGAAGCUAGCACCAGAGCAGGUGCUGCCCAAUCCCAUGAAUUACUUUGCCGGCGAAGUGCAGAACCCACCCACAGCUGUCAAUGCUCCUGCGCCGUUCUAUCCCAACUAUAUGAAUGCGGCGCUGCUGGCCUUUCCGAAUGCCAUCAUGGCUGCCGCCCUGGAUCCCCGCAUGCAUCCCUAUAGCAUUCAGCGACUGCUGCAACUGACUGCUGCUGGGCAGCAGCAGCAGCAGCAGCGGGAGGAGCAACUGGAGCAGCAGCUGGAGCAGGAGCACAGAGAGGAACAGAAGCUGUAUGAGACCAGAAAGGACGAUGAUGAGACGCCGGAUGAGCCCAAGCUGGUUAUGGAUUUAGAAGAAGCAGAGCCCAAGCCUUCGGCCAGCCCUGAAGUAGCCGUCGCCGAAUCCGCAGCAGUCGACGUCGGUGUCGUCAAGCAGGAGCCCAGUCGCGAGCCGACGCCUCCCGACACGCCCAAGUCCAUCAAAGUGGAGCAGGAGGAGGAGCAGGAGGCAUUGGCUGUGGUGCAGUCGCGAGCGCAGACUCCUCAGGAUCUGCGCUGCAGUCGCUGUGCCAAGCAAUUCAAUCAUCCCACAGAGCUGGUGCAGCACGAGAAGGUGCUGUGCGGUCUGAUCAAAGAGGAGCUGGAACAACAGUACCAACAACAACAGCAGCAACAACAACAGCAGCAGCAACAACAGCAACAACAACAGCAGCAACAACAACAGUCGAGCUUUGCUCUGCUGCCCUCGGCCAGCGAUGCGGACGAGGAUGAGGAGGACGAGGAGGAGCCCCGCCAGGAUUACCAUGCCGGCAGCAGCGACAGCGGCGAGCGUAAGGUGCGCGUGCGCACCGCCAUCAACGAGGAGCAGCAGCAGCAGCUGAAGCAACACUACGCUCACAAUGCGCGUCCCAGCCGGGACGAGUUCCGCCUGAUUGCCGCCCGCCUGCAGCUGGACGCGCGCGUCGUCCAGGUCUGGUUCCAGAACAAUCGCUCGCGCGAACGCAAGCUGCAGAGCUAUGCGAACAAUGGCGAGACCGCAGCUGCGGCUCCGCAGCCACAAGCGCAGGUGCGCGCUGGCGAGGAUCAGCCGCUGGACUUGUCCGUCAAGCGAGACGCUUCGCCGUUGUUCGGCUUGCCGUCAUCCCAGCAGGCAGCUGUGCUGCCCGCGCCCGCCGACUUCCAGGAGACGAUGGCCAUCAAUCUGAGCCGCAAGCUCUCCGGCUCGGCGUCCAUGUCGCCGACGUCACUGUCGCCCUGCUCGGGCGCCUCUUCGCUGCAACAGUCGGCGGCAGCUGCUGCUGCUGCUGCAGCGCUCUACUUUGCGCCCCCCUCGCCGCCCAGCCACGCCCACGAAUUGGCGCCCAGCGCAGCACCGCGUGGCCAGGCCUUCGCCGGCCUGCCGCCAUACAUGCUGCCACGCCUGCCCAUGGAGGCGCUCUUCCAGAUGCGUCCUGGCGGCGACUAUGCGCCCAAUCCGCUCAUGAACAGUAUUAAGCUGCCCGACUACCGCGGCACCAGCCUCAGUCCCGGCGGCUCCGAGAAGCGUUCGUGGCGCGACGACGACUCGCGCAUCUCGCAUGACGAUGAGUAUGGCCUGGCGAGCGGCGGCCUGCUGCCUCCCAAGCCCAAGCGGGCCAAGGCCGAGACGCACGGGCAUGCGGGUGAUCCGGACCUGCCCUUCGUCUGCGACCAGUGCGACAAGGCGUUCGCCAAGCAGAGCUCCCUGGCGCGCCACAAGUACGAGCAUUCCGGUCAACGACCCUACCAGUGCAUGGACUGCCCCAAGGCCUUCAAGCACAAGCAUCACUUGACGGAGCACAAGCGUCUGCAUUCCGGCGAGAAGCCAUUUCAGUGCUCCAAGUGCCUGAAGCGCUUCUCCCACUCGGGCAGCUACAGCCAGCACAUGAACCACCGUUACUCCUACUGCAAGCCCUACAGGGAAUAGGUAAGCGACACCUCAGUGCCGCCCACCUGCGUAGCAGCCGCCGGCAGGCCGCAGCGUCGCGGCCCCGCCGCUCACUCGGCCAGGCUGAACAGCAACAGCAGCCACCACAACCAACAUCAGCAGCAGCAGCAGCAGCAGCAGCCACAGCAGCACCUCCACCACAGCAGCAAUUAUCCCCAUCAGUUGGCUGCCAUGGCAGCUUUCCAGCAGCAGCAGCAUCAUCACCACCAGCGGUUGCAGCAGCAGCGUCUGCCCUGUCAGCCGCUUGCCUGGCCACCGUCCGUGCCUGGCGCUGGCGUCAUGUUGCCACCACUGUCCAGCAGCAGUAGUAUGCAACAACGGGGCACAGGGCCGCCGCAGUUAACUCCACCAGCACCACCACCGCCGCCGCCGCCGCUACUGUCUGGGUCAGGAGCGGCUGCGUACGGUCAAGCACCGCCGGCACAGCCUCCCAGUUUCUUUGCCAGCCCGCUGCACCACGCAGCGUUGAUGGCACCACCACACCCGCUGCCCAAUGAACGCUUCGCGGCACCACCAACGCCGCCAACGAGCGCACCGUCCCACGGCGGGCAUGCCUUCAAUUUCUUCAAUGCCAAGAUGCUGCUCAAUUGAGCGGCAAUAACAGCCAUUUAAUAUAAGUCUAACAGUGAACUAACAGUGCACUUAAAUGCUGUACUUAAAACCGACGCAGAAAUCUCAAAUUGUGCAGGAACACAAAACACACAAGACACAAAAACUCGAAGCAAAACAAAACAAAGAAUUAAAAUAAUAUUAAUUAUAAUAUCGGUUAUAACGGUUCUAUCGGUUAUAGCCCCCAUAUGCAACUGGCAGCCAACUCGGCAGAGCUUUGAUGAAUUAUUUUUUAUAUAUUCUACAUUGUAAAUCAUAUACACAUGUAUAUAUCGAUAUUUUAUAUAUUAUGUUCGUGUCAUUUUUGUUGCCACAAAAUGAGUUCGGAAAGAAACUCCCAAAAAGGAUCGAUGAAGAAGAUGAAGAGCUAAAAACCUUUCGUUUGAGCGAAUUUAUUAUUUUUAAUUUGAUUUUGCAUAUUGUUUUUAACAAGUAUUUUUUAAACAAGUUACA